UCGACGACGAACAGGACCCUCUCCAAGCUUGGCGGUAUCUCGAGCAGGCUGCGACACUCUGCCACCAUUACGACCACCAUUACCACCCCAUCCCUCCGACUUCUUCUCCCCCUUCCUCAUCAUCCACCACUUUGCAUCGUCUCGGGUCUUCUCCAGUCGUCCUUACCUUCCUUAGAGCUUUGCGUGCGUGACCCCAGCCUUGUCGAGACGGCAGCGACGACAACAUCAACAACAACAACAUCGUCGACACGCAGCAAGCUUCGCCACGAUGUCCCUCCCCCUCGGCUUCUCGCCAUUUGACGACUAUGACAGCCCCUAUGCCUCGACGAAUGCUGCCAUCCGCAACCGCGGUCGUCGAGAGAGCCAAACAUCGCCCACUUCCUCGUUCCAGCAGCGACGAGAGAGCCAUGGGUCUAUGACGCCUGCCGGUGGCAGUACCGUAGGACUCGCGCAGCAGAUGUCGACGCCCGGCCAGCGCACUUCUGCGAUGGGAGAUGUGGACUUGAGACGCAGCGAGGCUCCUCCUGAGAUUCCGCAAGCGCAAGACUUUGGGAGCAGGAAGUUCCAGCGACCGUCUUCACAAGAUGGCAUCCGCGCCAUUGCUCGACCGCAGCCCAUGGGUGCGCAGCUGGCUUCGAUUGCGCCCAGCUCGCCGCCGUCAUCGCCUCCGCAAGCUACCUCUCCUGCUUCGCCUCAGACAUCGCCCGUCCAGCGACGACCUGCCCCUCCUCCACCGGCUAGGGCUACCUCUCCUCCCGCGUCACCAUCCGUGCGACCUCCCGUACCCAUGUCGCCCCCUCGCAAAGCCGCGCCACCUCCAGCGCAAGCAUCGAUCCCCGAGCCCGCUGCUCCCCCUGCUGCCAGCUACGUACAGGCUUCUACUCCUGCGCACGAGGAGGAGCAGCCGCCGCGCACCAACGCAGCCGGCCCCCUAGCCGGAGCCGCCGCGCCCGCUAUCGCCACGCCCUUUGCCAACGAGAUGACACAGACCAACCGCAGCUUUGCCCCGCCCAUUGCGGAGCACGCACCAUCCUCUCCCUCGGACGAUGGCGACGACGACAUCGAGGUCGCCUCAUCGCAUCACGACGAGGUGCCACGUCGUCAGGCAACGCCACCUCCGCACACCGCAUACGACAUGGGCAACGCCGCCAGCUCAGAUCACUUUGCCGAGAAGACGCCCGCUGCGGCUAUUGCUGCCGCUGCCGCUGGCACUGGUGCCGCCGGCUCGUCGUGGAAGGUCAACAACGAAGGAAGCAGGUGGAGCGCAGGUAACGACGCCCCUCUCCUCAACGCUCGACGCGGCGGUGGCUCGGGUGGCUCAGGCGGCCUCGCUCGUUCAUACCGCAACAACAAACGUAAGUGGUGGCUGGGCGGUGGCAUCCUGCUCCUCGUCAUUCUCAUUGCGGCCAUUGUCGGUGGCGUUGUGGGCGGCAAGUCCUCGAGCUCAUCAGGCAGCGACAAUAGCUCGUCGGACGACGGCACCUCUGGUAACGGCCGCAGCAAGGGCAAUACCGGCAGCUCAGGCUCGCCAGACACCACAGGACCAGGUGGCACCAAGGUUCAGCCAGACUCGCGCCUGCACAACUCCUUCUACGGCAUCAACUACGAGCCCUUCUCCACCGACCCGACUGCCGGGUGCGGCGCAAACAUCACGGGCGUCAUGGAGGAUGUCAAGCUUCUUUCGCAGCUUACGACGCGUGUGCGUUUGGGCGGCUCGGCCUGCAACGAGACUGCGCUUGUACUGGACGCCAUCUCGCGCACCAAGGUCGACUUGACCGUCUGGGCCGCCAUCACUCUCGAUCUCGACGGAACGGGCACCACGACGUUCACUGACCAGGUCAACAACUUGACGUACGCCUUUAACACCUUUGGCACGCAGCACGUCUCUGGCGUCGUGGUCGGCGAGGAGUAUGUCACCAAUGGCGGAUCCGCCACCACUCUCAUCGCCAACCUGCAACGCUGGCGCCAAGUCGUCACCGACAACUCGGCGUGGGGCUCUCUCCUCACCACCACGGCCGAGGUCACGUCCGUCUGGACGCAGGCCCUCGUCAACGCGGUGGACAUCGUCUUCGCCAACAACCAAGCGUGGUACUCUGAGAUUGCUGCGGAGGAAGCCGCGGGCUGGGCAUACGGCUACGCGCAGGACACCGUCGUCCCUCUGGCCACGGAUUCGACGCCUGCGAACAAGGACGUGGUGCAAAGCGAAUUUGGCUGGCCCACCGGUGCAUCGACGACCGCCGCAGCCACGCAGGGAGAGGCCGUCGCCUCGGUCGCCAACUUGCAGACCGUCCUCGACACGUACGUCUGCGCGAGCAACACGAACGGGAGCGCCUACUUCUGGUACGAGCUCUUUGACUUUGUCAGCUCGUCGAGGACGGACGGCGUCGCGCCCUUCUGGGGCUUGUUUGAUGCGAACAAGCAGCUCAAGACGGGCAUCACCAUUCCUGACUGCAGCCACAGGUAGGCGCGGUGCGCGGCGCGCGGCAAGACCAAUACAGAAUCGUUCAUGGACCCUCUAUCUAUCACGUCUCCUUCGCCUUCAUCUCCUCCAUACUGCAUUCAUGACUCUCGUUCCUCGACCACUGUACACUAUGUCCUGCCUCUCGCGCGCGCUCGCCAUGCCAAGAAGAUGAAGAAUCUCGAAUGCGAUGAUCUUGCGUCACUCAUGACUGAGCACGGCGGGCGUGAUGUGAGAGCGAAGACGAAGAGGGGCUCCGCCUCGCCUCACAAAUGUCCGUUGCCCCGAGGCGGAGGCGGACCAGCGAGCAAAUAUCAGGGGU